AUGCGAACUCUAAUCGCCCGAGCGUCCCGUCGCUCGCAGUGCGUCUUGACGUCCACCCAGCGACGAACGAACGCCGCCCAAUGCGCUCACUUUCGAUGCAGUAGCAUCAGAAGCAGUUGCGAUACCAGAGACAGCGAAGGUGACUCUCGAACGAAGGGGCGAGCAGAGCAUCUCGGGCCAAACGCCUCGUCACGUCCUGAUGUAGACGUGUCGUUCUUACGAGAUCUCGACUUUAGUGACACUGCCGCCCAUCAAAUCCUUUCCAAGUUGAUGCAGCAAGUGGUCAAGACCAAUGCCAAUACGGGCGAAUUUGUGCCUCGCAUCGUGAUUGACCGUCUAUGCACGACAUACCAAGGCAAGCGCAUCGACGAGAAAAAGCAGUUUCUACUCAUCCUGGCGCAGGAGUUGCACAUUGACGCGACGGCAGUACUGCAGAAUGCAAUGCAGCUGGAGCACACCAUACAUCAGGUCAAGGACGCACGCACGGGGUGUGUGAACUGGGAGCAUGACAACGUGGAGAGGUACUUGCGAACGUGUCGCAGUCUCCGCAAUGCGCUGUCACCACUAUAUGAGACCUUCUUCCAGCAAAUUGUAUCGCAGCGAGAAAAUGGUAUGCUGUUUUUAGUGCACCUGCGUGCGGAUCUGCUUCAAGUUCUUCGCAAAAUCGCAACCCGUUCCGAGAUUCCCGGUCUGCGCUCGCUUGACGCAAGCUUAAAACACUUUCUGGCGUCGUGGUUCAACGUUGGCUUCAUGAAGCUCGAGCGUGUGACUUACGAGCAAUCGUCUGGGCAGCUAUUGGAGAAAAUAAUUCGGUACGAAGCGGUGCAUCCUGUGGGCACGAUUGCCGAGCUGAAAAGACGUCUCGGCAAUGGACGUCGUUGUUACGCCUUCUUCCAUCCCAGUAUUCCGGACGAACCGUUGGUAUUCGUGCAUGUAGCAUUGAUGCAAGAGCUAGCAUCUAGCAUGCAGUCCAUUCGUGAAGGAACGGAGCAAUUGUUAGAAGCUUCCCAAGCAAAAGCUGCAAUCUUCUACUCCAUUUCGUCGACGCAGAAAGGACUUUCGGGCGUAGAUCUGGGCAACUUUCUCAUCAAAGAAGUCGCUAAAGCUUUGAAGGCGGAGUGUGGCCAACUGCAAGCGUUCGCAACGUUGAGUCCUAUGCCACACUUCAUACCGUGGCUCGAAACGCAGCGGUGUAAGGCUAUUGCGUCGUUCGUUUCCCCACUAUAUUCGGACGCUCUCAUCGAAGUGCUCGGCAGUCGUGGAAUUACGUUCAGCUCAGAAUUUUCCGCGUCAGUGGCAAUUGUUUUGGAUGCGCUCUCGAUCGAAGGUUGGGAAACAGAUACAAGACUGAGUGCACCGUUGAAGCCUAUUCUGCUGAAGCUCGGUGCUCAUUACAUAUACAUUGAGAAGAAGCGCGGGAAGGCGCUAGAUCCUGUCGCAAACUUCCACGUUCGGAAUGGCGCAAUUUUCGAGCGUAUCAACUGGCUGGCCGACACGUCCAAAAAGGGUAUCGUCCAAAGCGCUGGGAUGAUGAUUAACUACAAGUAUGAUCUAGCGCAUGUAGAGGCCAAUAACGAAAACUACCUGCUGCGCGACAUCGUCCCCAUUGGUGUGCAGCCACAACAAGUGCUCGAAGCAUAA